GAGUGAGCCCGACUUUUUCGACUUCGACUCCGAGGGAGAAUUUGGGCUGUUUGGGGAGGCAGGCGUAGCGCUGCACACAACGGCAACCACGACCCACACAGGCCAACCCACGACCACCAACAGCCACAAAACCCCACCGAGCCUCGUGGGGACGAGCGCCAGCACCACGCAGCAGCACAAUUCGGGGUCCCCGAACGGCAGACGGACCUCCCACAGCCGGAAACGGAAGAGCCACUGGAAUGAGAUCGAGAAGGAUCUGUUUCUCAAGGGCAUGGAACUCUUUGGACUUAACUGGAAUAGAAUCUCAAACUUCAUAGCCACCAAGACUGCAGGACAAGUGCGAAGCUUCCACAAGAAAUGGGCAGAGACUAUGAAUGUAAUUCAAGAAUCAGAGAGCUUGGAGCAUUCCUACGUUUUAAUGCAUGUUGAUCCUGGUUGCAUUACAACAGACCUGGAGGAUCCACUGGGACUCAUUGAGACGGCAACUACGACUGUUACAACCACCCCCUUGUCACCGAAGAGAAGCAGGAAUGCACUCGGAGAAAGUAAGAAGACCCUUGGUAUUGAUGAUGACGCUCAGGAUUUUGAUUCGUCUGUUGAGGUUUUUGUUCCUUCUGUGGGCGAGGAGUGGGUGAUCGAAAGCGAUGGAAUGCAGAACUGCAUGAAGAACGUCGCCAGUUCCCCCAAGAAGUCUCCCGCAGCUCUCCCGUCUCUCAGCUGCCGUUCAAGAUGAAGUCGCCUCAGAGACCGAAGAAGAAAAGUAAAAAACUCAAGCUCACUAUUGGACUAAACGGGGUGAAUCAGGAGGUUGUUAGUAGGCAAGUAAAGUCGCCAACAAAGGAGAGUGAGAGUCUCCCGAAGAAAAGUCCUGCACCAUUCGUGGAGGGUCAGGUUGUUCAUAUAGUGAAAGAUGACAUGGAAGAAAGAAGUCUCCAAGUACCUCAGUGACCCAGCAAGAAAAUACUAAAGAAAUUACCAGUGAGGAAGUAGCGGAAACUGUGGAAUGUAAGAGUUUACAACCGGUGAAAGAAGGCUAUGGUACAGAAAGUAGGAAACAGUUGGUGUUCAACUUUUCACCUCCAGCUCAAGAAUAUGAAAUGGAUAUGAACACCAUUACUGAAGAAGAAAAGAAAGUGCAUUUUGAGUACUUUGACAGCAGAGGUGUCAAGACGCCCGAGAGGUAUUUGAAGAUUCGGAACUACUUGCUGGGUUUUUGGAAGCAAGUGAAACCAAAAUAUGUUAGAAAAACAGCAGUUCGUGCGGGUCUGAAGAACUGUGGUGAUGUAAAUUCCAUUGGGAAAGUGCACGAGUACCUUGAGAAAAUCGGAGCAAUAAAUUUUGGGUGUCCAGAGAGUAAUUAUGGCACUCCUUUAAUUGUUGGAGUGAAACAGAAAGAAAAGGUAGCCAUUCCGAGCAAACCGGUGACCAAAGUAGACAGAUCGGAAGUGACGCGCCAGAAGCAGAAAAAGAAGUGGGACGUUUCCAUGAGUGAAGGAGGAGGCCUUACCAUCAGCCAUGACGAAUCUGGGGCAAUUGUCGACGCCUGUCAUAUCCCUGAGGCUCCUCGGAAUAGGGCCAGUCUGGGAGCUGGGAGGAGUGGAGGCGGCUGAGCAUUUAAGCUCGUCCGCUGUUUGGAACACGACCCAGAUACACCAGCUCCAUUCUCUGUUGUCAUGCAUGCACAUGCGCUUAUUACUCUUGAUAUUCAUGCUCACACUUCCUUAGCAGAAGUAAUGGGUUUGUUAGGUGGAUAUUAUGAUCCGGCCGCCCAUAUGUUGCAUGUGACAGUUGCAGUCCCCACGAAGGCUGUGAGCUCAGGUGUGGAAUGUGACAUGUGUCCUGUGUCGCAGAGUGCGGCCUGCACCGCACAUACAUGA